AUGAGGGGGUUGUAAUAUUCUCGAGAACAGAGGACCAACGCAUAAGAAAAGAUGGCUGCUGGCAAAGCUCAGAUAGGAAAGCUGGCUCCAGACUUUACAGCCAAGGCUGUGAUGCCGGAUGGCCAAUUCAAGGAUCUGAAGUUGUCUGACUACAGAGGGAAAUAUGUGGUGUUCUUCUUCUAUCCACUGGAUUUCACCUUUGUGUGUCCCACGGAAAUCAUUGCUUUCAGUGAUGCAGCAGAAGAGUUCAGGAAGAUUGAUUGUGAGGUCAUUGGCGCCUCUGUUGACUCUCAUUUCUGCCAUCUUGCCUGGAUCAACACACCUCGGAAACAAGGUGGUCUUGGUCACAUGAAGAUUCCAUUGGUAGCGGACACCCUUCGUUCCAUUUCGACAGAUUAUGGUGUGCUGAAAGAGGAUGAGGGCAUUGCCUACAGAGGUCUCUUCAUCAUUGAUGACAAGGGAAUUCUGAGGCAGAUCACAAUUAAUGACCUCCCAGUGGGCCGCUCAAUUGAUGAGACCUUGCGCCUGGUUCAGGCAUUUCAGUUCACCGACAAACACGGAGAAGUUUGCCCAGCAGGUUGGAAACCAGGAAAAGACACCAUCAAACCUGAUGUCCAAAAGAGCAAAGACUUCUUCUCCAAACAGAACUGAGAAGACCAGACUCUGCAUUUUAGUUUAGUUCAUGUUUUUUUUUCUUUUUUUUUGAAGAAUGGAAGAAAACAUUCCUUUACCAUACUGUAAGCCAGUCUAUUGUGACUGUUAGCCUUAUGCCAAUGUGAACAAACUUGUCAUUGCCUGUUAUUAAGUUAAACUGUAUUGUGUAUCGGUAUUGUGUUUUGCUCUCCCUUAACAUAUUUGCAUUGUGUUUUGUUUAAAAAGAAAUUACUUGACAUGACUACUGACAUGGGUCCCUUUCAAUGAAUUUAUUGCUUGUUCACACACGCACAGAUGCUCCCCUGUUGCACAAUACCAGAAAGAGAUAGGGGAGGGUUGGCAACCCAGGUCAAAGUUCACUUUAUUAGCAUGCAUACAAAUGUGCUCUAUUCCAAAAUGAGUAGGCUAAUGUGUGACAUUCUUUGGUGAUUCAUGGUGUUGCAGCAUUAUGUGGCUCACUAUCCAAAACAUUUCCAUAAGACAGCCUAAAUGCAAAUGCAGUAUACGAUAAUGACUUUUCUAUUAAAUGAUAAUACUUUUGAUGAUGAA